AAUAGUUUAGCGCCGUAAGCGACGGCUGAUUGUUCAUUUUUUGUAUCAUGUCCCGCGCUGCAUCCACUGCAUUCAAGGUGCUAAUUUCGCAUCCAAAUGUCCCGACGCCGGCGCUGGAACUCCUCAGAUCCCGCGGAGCAGAGACAAUUGUGUGCCAGAGUGUACCGCCGUCGCGGGAGGAGAUCCUAAAGAAGGUACCCGGUGUCGAUGCCAUCUAUUGGGCCCACUAUCAGCCCCUGAAUGCCGGCAUUCUGGAUGCGGCCGGGCCCCAGCUGCGGUGCGUUAGCACCAUGUCGUCGGGCAUUGAUUAUGUGGAUGUGCCCGAGUUUAAGCUACGGCAAAUCCCAUUGGGACACACACCGGGAGUGGUAAAGAAUUCGGUUGCCGAUCUGGCCAUCGGUUUGAUGAUUGCAGCGGGUCGUCAUUUCCAUGCUGGGCGCACCGAAAUCGAGAGGUCUCAAUGGAAAACGGAGCAGAUCAACUGGAUGAUGGGCCAGGAGAUUCGGGACUCGGUAAUAGGAUUCUUUGGUUUCGGAGGCAUUAGCCAGGCGAUUGCCAAGCGCCUGCAGAGCUGGGACGUGGCCAAGAUCCUUUACCACACCCGAACCCGAAAGGAAAACGACGGCGACUUCAAGGCAGAACACGUGUCCUUUGAAACGCUGCUGAAGGAAAGCGAUUUCCUGGUGGUAGCUGCUCCACUUACCAAUGAGACGAGGGAUAAGUUCAAUGCCCAGGCCUUUGGCCAGAUGAAGAAGUCUUCGGUGUUUGUAAAUGUGGCAAGAGGCGGUCUCGUUAAUCAACCGGACCUACAUGAGGCCUUGACCAGUGGAAGGAUAUUUGCAGCUGGCUUGGAUGUCACCACUCCCGAACCACUGCCCGCCGACAAUCCACUCCUUAAACUGCCCAAUUGUGUUAUUCUACCCCAUAUGGGCACUCAGACCAUGAAAACCACCAUUGAAAUGAGUCUCUUGGCCGCCAACAACAUUCUUAAUGCCAUGGAGGGAAAGCCCAUGAUAAGGCCUGCCUACUGAUUUUAAUUUGGAAAUAAAUAUAUUUUAAAAAUGUUCAAUCUGAAUAAUAAAUUAGGUACAAAACUGUAGAAAAUCUCGCACAGAACAGUUUUCCGAUUUAAAAUAAAUUCUCUUUUGGCCGA